AUGUCAUUGUCGAGAUUCCCCUACCCAACUGCGAAGGAGGCCUUGCAGAACCACAAGCAGGUUGUGAGCUCGAUCGCGGAGUGGUUCAAAUCGCCACGUUUCAAAGGCAUCAAAAGAACGUACUCGCCGGAGGAUGUUGCGCAGUACCGUGGGUCUCUGCCGUUGACGGAGUACCCAUCAUCAGUGCAGGCCAAGCGACUGUUUGCUGUGUUUGAGGAGCGUUUCAAGAAUGGCCAGGCGGUGCGUGUGCUGGGAUCAACAGAUCCUGUCCAGAUGUCGCAGAACGCCCACUUCCAGGAGGUUGUGUACGUGAGUGGAUGGGCAUGCUCGUCGAUCCUGACCACGACCAACGAGGUUGGGCCUGAUUUCGGUGACUAUCCAUACGACACCGUGCCAAACCAGGUGGAGAGGCUGUUCAAGGCCCAGCAGUUGCACGACAAGAAGAGCUACUACACCUGGCUGCAGUCCAAGGACCCUGCAAACACCGAGCGUGUCGACUACAUGAGACCAAUCAUUGCAGAUGCGGACACUGGCCAUGGCGGUGUUGGCUCAGUGAUGAAGCUGGCCAAGCUGUUUGCAGAGAAGGGAGCCAGUGCGAUCCACAUCGAGGACCAACUUCACGGCGGUAAGAAGUGUGGCCAUCUGGCCGGCAAGGUGCUGGUUUCAACAGGGGAGCAGAUCCGCCGUCUGAUCGCCACAAGACUACAAUGGGAUAUCAUGGGGUCCGAGAACUUGGUCAUUGCCAGAAGCGACGCGGAGACGGGCAACUUGCUGAACUCGUCUGUUGAUCCGAGAGACCAUGAGUUCAUCCAGGGUGUGAUCACGCCUGUGAAGCCGUUGACGGAGGUUUUGAUCGAGGCCCAGGGCCAGGGGCUCACGGGCCCACAGUUGGAGAAAGUUGAGAGCGAGUGGCUCGCAGCCAACCCGCUGUACACUUUCAACCAGGCUGUUGAGUUGAAGUUGAAGGAGCUGGGUAAGCCUGAGCUGUUUGACUACUACUUGGAACAGGCUCAAGGCAAGUCGAACGCGGAGUGCCGUGAGUUGUUUGCCGAGGUUUCUGGCGGCGAGCCAAUCUACUUCAACUGGGAUGCGCCACGUACUCAGGAAGGCUACCACUUGGUGGACGCGUCAAUCGACACUGCCGUCAAGAGGGUGCUGAACUACGCUCCGUAUGCCGACCUGCUGUGGUUGGAGACAAAGACUCCAAACCUGGAGUACGCGCAGUCCUUUGCUAAGCGCAUCCAUGACGUUUACCCAGAUAAGAAGCUCGUGUACAACCUGUCGCCAUCGUUCAACUGGAGUGCCCAUGGCUUCAACGACCACGACCUGGCGGAGUUCAUCAACGAGCUCGGCAAGAGUGGGUUCGUCUUGCAGUUGGUGUCAUUGGCUGGAUUGCACUCCAAUGCCUUGAGCUCAUUCGAGCUGGCACAGGGGUUCAGCGAGAAAGGUAUGAAGGCUUACGUGGACAUUGUCCAGAGCAGAGAAAAGGCUCUUGGCUGUGACGUUUUGACCCACCAGAAGUGGUCCGGUGCUGAGAUGGUGGACUCCAUCGUUAGAACAGUCAACGGAAGCUCCAUGGGCAGUGCUACUGGUGGCGAUUCCACAGAGCAUUCGUUCUGA